ACACAUACUAACACACUAAACACAUAUGAUGAGAGCUAGAUCAAGACAAACGGAGAACACUGAUGUUUCACUGUAAAUUUGUGUGUGGCAGAGCGAAUGCAAACUCUUACUCUGAUUUACAGACUGUAGACUGAGAGCUCAAACCAGGGCUGCAUGAACCAUCCCUCAGUCCACUGGUUGAUACUGACUUCAUGAGGAAGUCUUGUUUUUCUGUCUCAGAUUCUCAGUGGAUUUGCUCAGGCCCCAGUGUCUGUAUGUGUGUGUGUGUAAGAGAGAGAGAAUGAGUGACCUGAUGACUGUCAUCUGUGUAAUCCCACAACCUGCUGUGCCAGUCUGAAAUCAUCUUGUGGACCGCGAUCAUUGGGAAUACUCAACAAAUUAUCAGCGUUCCAGGUUUAUCCCAAACAUACUCUCAUGCUUUUGUGUGUGAGAGAAUGAGCUCAUGCUUUCACUCGCACACCUGUGAUGCUGAUGAUGAUGUCAGUGUGGCGCUAAUGUGUGUGAAGGCAGCAGAAGACAGGUGGCUUGACCAAUCAGCCAGGAUGUCUGCUCAAGUGAGGCCUCUGGUCCCGCCCACAUUUCUCCUGGAAGGGCUGGAGCAGGUUGCGAUAACCACAGAGGACAUUAUAGAAGAGAAGCACCCAAAAGCUGGAACUUACUUCAAUGCCAACAACAGCAAUAACAAUGAAGAAGAGGAAAAGAAGAAGAAGAAGAAGAAAGAAAGAAAGGAGAAGAAAGAAAAAAAAGAGAAGAAGGAAAAAAAGAAAAAAGAAGCAGAAGAGAAAGAGAAAGAGAAAGAGAAAGAGAAAGAGAAGAAAGAGCCACCAAAGGAGAUUGAGGUUGUGGAUCCAGCGGGAAACAUGUACUACAACUGGCUCUUUGUGAUCACCUGUCCUGUGAUGUACAACUGGGUUCUCAUCAUAGCGAGAGCUUGCUUCGAGGAGCUGCAGUCGGACUAUCUGAUGUACUGGUUCAUCCUGGAUUUCUUAUCAGAUCUGGUGUAUCUACUGGACAUGGUGUUCAGGACCAGGACAGGAUAUCUGGAGCAGGGGCUGCUGGUGAAAGACGAGAAGAAACUUCGCGAUCGCUACACGCAGAGCAUCCAGUUCAAGCUGGACCUGGCCUCUAUGGUUCCGACUGAUAUCUUCUACUUUUACUUUGGUCUGAACUAUCCCGAGAUUCGCAUGAACAAGCUACUAAGGGUCAACCGCUUGUUUGAGUUUUUCCAGCGCACAGAAACACGGACUAACUUUCCCAACCUGUUUCGAAUCUCAAAUCUCGUCAUGUACAUUGUGAUCAUCAUCCACUGGAAUGCCUGCAUGUAUUACUCCUUCUCCAAGGCCAUUGGCUUUGGGACGGAUAAGUUUGUGUAUCCGGACAUCUCGGACCCUGAGUUUGGCAGGUUAGAGAGAAAGUAUGCAUACAGCAUGUACUGGUCCACACUCACGCUCACCACCAUCGGUGAAACGCCGCCCCCUGUCAAAAACUCAGAGUACUUCUUUGUGGUGACGGACUUCUUGGUUGGCGUGUUGAUUUUUGCCACCAUUGUCGGUAACGUCGGCUCCAUGAUCACCAACGCAAAUGCGGCACGAGCAGAUUUCCAGGCUCGCAUCGAUGCCAUCAAACAGUACAUGAGCUUCCGAAAGGUCACCAAAGACUUGGAGAAACGGGUAAUAAAGUGGUUUGAUUUCUUGUGGACCAACAAGAAAGCGGUGGAUGAGAGGGAAGUGCUGAAGUACCUUCCGGACAAACUGCGUGCGGAGAUUGCUAUAAAUGUCCACCUGGACACUCUGAAAAAAGUGCGCAUCUUUGCAGACUGCGAGGCCGGGCUCCUGGUGGAGCUGGUGCUGAAGCUUCAGCCACAGGUCUACAGCCCCGGAGACUACAUCUGCAAGAAGGGUGACAUCGGUCGCGAGAUGUACAUCAUUAAAGAAGGAAAGCUGGCUGUGGUGGCUGAUGAUGGAGUCACGCAAUUCGUGGUGCUGAGUGAUGGCAGUUACUUCGGAGAGAUCAGCAUCCUCAACAUCAAGGGCAGUAGAGCAGGCAACCGAAGAACAGCCAACAUCCGCAGCAUCGGCUAUUCAGACCUCUUCUGCCUGUCCAAAGAUGACCUGAUGGAGGCGCUAACUGAAUAUCCAGAUGCCAAGGCCAUGCUGGAGGAGAAGGGACGACAAAUCCUUAUGAAGGACAAUCUUCUGGAUUUAGAGCUGGCCAAGCAGGGACCCGAUCCCAAAGACAUGGAGGAAAAGGUGGUAAAGAUCGGCAGCGUGUUGGAUGACCUUCAGACGUGCUUCGCCCGGCUUUUAGCCGAACAUGAUGCAACACAAGGGAAACUGAAGAAGCGCAUGACUAAAUUAGAAAAGAAGAUAACAGACUCCAGCAGAGCAGUGCUUUCUGAGAUGCUGGACCCAGAUCUGGAGACUGCAGAGAAGAAAGAAGAGAAGGAAUAGGAUGAAAGGUGCAGACAAACCUGAUUAAACAAAUUAGUUUUAGAAAUUUGAACAGACACCUUGUAUAUUUUCUAGUCUGCCUUUGGUUUGGACUGGAUUUGUGGAGAUGGAUAAAACCGUAGAUUCACAUGAGCUUUCUCCUGCCCAACAUCAGAUUUAUCCUUUCCAGCAGUGUGUGAAUGAAGAAAUCUAGUAAAUCUUUGUUUGGUUCUUCCGUUUACCUGUGACUGGUAGCACGCAAAUGUAAAAUACUGUACAGAUGAUUGGUGUUAACAGCAUUUAUCUGUGGUUAAUACAGAUUAUAUCAUAUGUCAUUUAUUCUGUCAUGUCUAUCAUGAGAAAUAUAAAAAUAAAAUUAAUCCCCUUUGUUAGUAAAAGUCUGUAUGAUCUAGUUUCACUCUAACCUCUUGUAAUCAACAUUUAUAUUUGGAGGAUAACACUAAUAAUGAUGCUGCUCUAGCAAUAUCAGUUAAAAGUUUAAUCAGAGAACUAAAUGGGGUGUAAAAAACAUUCAGAUACAUCUUCAAUAAAGAAUAUCUGACCAGACCCUUUAAUAUGG